AUGGAAAAGAACACGAUAUCUAGUCUUGCAAAGAUGACUCGCGAGUAUCUCGUCGAGAUAGAGGAUAACACGAGCAUCAAAUUGCAUUUACAGCCUCAAGUAUGCAUUUUUAGGCAGAUUGCUCAGGGAAAAAUAUUGGCAUCAUUGCUGAGAGUCAUAAGCAUUGAUGAUACUGUCAAGUACGAUCUUGGUUCAAGGUCCGACAACCAUGACCGGCUCACGUUUAUACGGCGAGUGUUCGAUAAGCUGAAGUCCAAUUUCGUCGAUAUAGGCUUUAUUGCGCCCCUCGAUGUGAUAGAAUGUGACGAGAAGCUCGUUUUUAGCCUUGUGAAGGUGCUUCAUCACCAGAUAAUCUGCCGACCCGAUGAGAAGGUCGUGGACAGAAGCUUGCUUGAAUGGGUGAACUACCACACAUGCUUUAAGGAGACGAGGAACGGCCAGGACCUGAAUAGCGAGAAGAUUUUCUGCGACAGACUUUCAGAAGCAGGUGUAAGCAUCGAGAUGAACAGGUCGGCCUUUAAAGGCGCUGAGUAUGAGGCGAUGGAAAAACUGUCGUUGGAAUGCCACAACUUCUCUUCCGAUCUGAAGGAUGGCAGGGUGUACGGACUGCUAAUCGCAAGGGCGUUUUAUUUCUGCAUCUCGCCCGUGAUCCUCAUGCACUUGUGGAACCAGGAGGACAGUGUGCGGCGUAUACACUAUGUUAUUAGGCUGGCGCGAUUCCUGGGAAUAGAGAAUGCAAUAACAGUGAACGAUAUUCUGACAGGCAAUAUAAUUGCGAACAAGCUAUUUAUUGCCAGAUUAUACGGAUUGCACUCGAUGUGCAACGCAAAGGAAAAGAUAACCACUCUGCAACGUGCAAUAAGGAAGUGCAGGGACCACAUUAUUGAGCUGCGCAUCACCAUACAAUCCCUAAACAUUCAGAAUUCGCAGCUCCAAGAGACUUACAGGCGGACAGUUCUGGAUAUAGAGAACGAGCACAGGAGAGAAGACGCUAACGAGACGCCAGAUGCCAAGUUGCAGGCGGCAAUUUCAAAUGCUGUAAAGUGCAUACAGGAUACCAUCGCACCCGGCAUUAAUCUUGAGGGCGACUCGUUUCCCGAGCAGAUGUGGUACAUAUACUUGUACAAUCUGGAAAUAAUGUCGACGUAUAAGAACAAGGUUUGCGAGCUCGAAAUAACGAAUGAUGGGCUAAUAAAGAGCAACAAGGUCUUGAAGGAUAUUAUUGCGUACUAUAUAAAGAAGCAAAGGUCUGGCGAGAAGAAAGAAACCUUGUGGAGAAAGCUAGUCAGUAUGUUUGGUUGCUGCACAUCAGAGGAAAAAAGCCAUAAAUUAAACUAA